AUGAUUCAGCUUCUGCUUCUCAGUGGAAUUGGACCAAGGCCUUAUCUUUCUUCAUGGGGAAUUCCUGUUGCUCAUCAUUUACGUUAUGUGGGUCAUUUUCUGUAUGAUAAUCCACGAAACGGAAUCACGUUUCUACCGUCGGUUCCACUUGAGCAUACUCUCAUUGAGGUUGUAGGCAUAACUGAUUCAGGUGCUUACAUUGAAGCUGCUUCUAAUGUGGUUCCGUUUUCGACGCUGCAACAAAUGGUUUUCAUCCGUCCGGCUACUUCUCCGCUUCACUUGACUAUCGCGACGCUAAUAUUGAAGAUUUCAGGACCGGAUUCUGCUGGGUUUCUUCGGCUGGCUGAAUCAGAUAAUAAACCAUGGACUGAACCGAGUUAUACAGCUGAUGUACCGAAUGAUGCAGGGGAGAAACCAAGUCGUACACCUGAUAUAUUGAUUACUGCAGGUGCUGAAUCAGGGACGCGGUGA